UUGGGGGAAUAGGCCCGAAACAGCAAAAAAGUUGAAAGAGAAGGCUACUGACGUUGAAUCUACCUCCGGAGUACCCACAGUUGAGGUUUCUGUUCCUGAAGAUGUUAAUGACGUGUAUCAGCAAGCAGUUCAAGAAGUAAGACGAAAGCCUAGUAAGGAUGUAACAAUUGCUACACCACAACAAAAAAGAGAAGAUGCUCGAAAAUCAUUUCGAACGAAGAAAUCAGUAAUAGAUAUUUAUAUGGGUGUUAUUCUUUGGUCUGUUGCUGGAUUGGCUGGAUUUAGAUUUUUCG